AAAAAAUGGCGGCGCCCAUGGCCACAGACAUCAAAUUGAUCAGUUGACGAUAAAAAAAAGUCAUACGACAAAUUGCAGCAAAAUGAGUAGAUUGAAAAGUUUUGUAAAGUGCGAGGUGUUCCAUGCCAUGCAAAAUGUUGAUGUCGCGGCGUUGAAUAAGUUGCCGGAUAAGGAUUUACGACCAGUGCUCCCAUGUUUGGUCCGAAUGGCUCUCUGUAAACCUCUGGAUGAAAGUGAAUCCUGGUCAGCGUCCAAGAAGGAGGUCCUAAAAAUUCUGUCGGGAAUUGAAGUUGUCAAUAGCAUUGUAGCGUUACUGUCGAUAGAUUUCCAUGCUUUAGAGCAAGAUGUCAACAAGGAACAACAACUCAGAACAAAGCUUGGUGGGAACCAGUCGGAGAGCAUCUUGAUCUCUCAGCUACAGAACGGGGUGGCCCUGGAGUUUGAGAGGAGCGACCCCCCAAGGAGACUCCGCCUGUUGCUGAGUGAACUCCUGUUUGUCUCCUCACAGAUGAGAGAGUCUAAGACUGAGUUUUACCAGAAGAGAUCGGAGAUGUUUGAAAGCCUUGUUUAUUUGGAAGAGGUGGCAGAUGUUCUGUGUAUAGCUCAGGCAGAGUUACCUUCCCUGCUGCCGAUCACUGAGGUAGCGGAAACAUUGCUCCACGUCCCUAAUGGGGGAUGGAUGUUGUGUCGUUUAGUGGCCAACUCUCCUGACUGCUACAAAGAAGUGUGCAACAGCUUGGUGUCCAAUGGUGACCGACAGGAUGAGGAGACGGUCGGCGGUCGUAGACGGCUGAAGGUGUUGAUGGCUCUGGCCAGAAUGAAUCCAAAGGAAAUCUACAACAUCAGGGCACUGUGUGUAGAGAAAUGUAAGAUGCCCGGGCUGGCUGUUGCUUUGACCCUGGAGAUGUACAAUGAUUCCCUGAUGUCAGACCCCCCGGGGGAGGAGGGGGGUAGUGACACAGAUGUGGUGGGGUUUGUUAGUGGGAUGCUGCUGGGAAAUGACAUCGGGGUAAAGGAAUGGUUCUCACAUUAUGUCAAGAUAGGACAAAAGUUGAAGCGUGAGUCGUCUGUGACCCAGUUACACAGGCUGCGUCAGUGCCUGCUGGAGCAGAUGAUCCUGAUGUUGGACCAGGGACACACCCCUUCGGAGGGUCGCGCCAUCAAGGGCAGCGCAUUCAUCAGGCUAUACUGCGCCCUCAAGAGUCUGGCAGCAUUCAAGUUUACAGAUGAAGAGAUGAAGAUUCUACUAAAACUCAUCACAUCCCGCCCUCCUAUUUGUAAAGCUGGUGCUAGAUUUGUCUCCCUUGGGUUGUGCAUGCUGAUAGCUUGUCCGUAUUUAUUAGGGAACAGUGACCAAGAGAGGGUGGCAGUGGAGUGGAUCCGGUGGACCAUGAGCGUGGAGAAAGAGUUCAAACAAGAGGUUUCCAGUAAUUGCUCUUUUGGUGAAAUGUUGUUCCUGAUCGCCAUUCAUUUCCAUAGCAACAACAUGACAGCUAUAGGUGACCUUGUGUAUCUGACCUUGGGACUGAAGAAUCUUGUGAAAGCCAAUGCUUUAGCCAGAAUAAGACAGAUAUUUACCUAUGAGAUCUUUACAGAACAGGUGAUUACCUCCCAUGCAGUGAAGGUUGCAGUGACCUCAGGGCUGAAUGCCAACAUGACUGGGUAUCUACCUAUCAACAGUAUCUACCAACUACUCAAAAGCCGCUCCUUCUCCAAGCACAAAGUACCCAUAAAGGACUGGAUCUACAAACAGAUUUGUAACUGUUCGACGCCGCUCCAUCCUCUAGUUACCUCCCUUAUUGAUGUUUUUGUCACCUCUGUUGUCAUCAAAAGUACAAAGACUGAUCAUCUGAAUGAACCAAUCACAGAGGAGGAAAUUCUCCAUGUUUACAAAUCCUCAGUAUUUCAUUGGUCUAAAGAUAAAUCAGAAGAAGGAGAAUCAUCCAAUCAAAUACCAGCAUCGGAGCUAGCACCCCAGCUACUUAUGCUGUACUACCUACUCCAUUAUGAAGACACAGUGUUGUCACACAUGAAAUCUCUUAUGAUGGCAAACAGGCAAGUAAAGUCUUACCCAGACACCCUACUGGCCCAGAUCCCCAUCAACUUCCUGUUACAGACUGCCCAGCGUGACCAAGAGAAGUUUGCCGGGCUCUUCUCCCCGCUACUGAAGUUACUGGUGACCCACUACCCCCACCUGUGUGCGGUGGAGGACUGGCUGGAGGCGAGUCUGGUGCAAGACUCACUGGUGGCCGAGACCUCCGUGAUUUACAGUGUACCGUGUACCAUAGAGAAUCUCAAUGACGCUCUGAGGAAUCUGACCAGCUGUCCAAUGAAAAUGAUUUCACAGCUUCAGUCAAUGCUCAAGAUGUCUGCCCCAGACCUCCUACAAUUCUCUGAGCCAAUCGUCUCCUCCCUUCCCAUCAUGCUUGAUGAGGCGGUCCCCAGGAAAAUCGUAGACCUUGUCAAGAAGGUCUGGUUUCUUCUUCACAGUGUCUCGCCAAGAAGUUUACGACUUGCCACAGUGAACUCUUUGCGACUUACGGAGAGAACAACCUUUAAAAUGACUCCUUACACGGAGAACGACAUCACAGUGGAUCCCCUGGUCAUCCUCAGGUGUGAUGAAAGAGUGUUCAGGUGCCCCCCAAUCCUAGACAUUGUGUUACGAGUGCUAUCAGCCUACCUCCAGGCGAGUCGCGUGUUUUUACACAACCACAUGCUGUCUAACCCGAUCCUGGAGAAUGCUGCACAGGCUGAGCGAGAGCGCCACGACCUGAAGAGUGCGCUGAUUGCCGCACAGGAGAGUGCCAUCAUACAGAUCCUACUGGAGUGUUGUCUACCCAGGGAGGACGAACAGAGGGAGGGAGAAGAAGGCCUACUGAACAACCUGCGUGAGGUUCACUGCAUCAUCUGUUCCUUCAUCCACCAGCUGUUCAUCACCGAGCCUCACCUGGCCAAGCUGGUCCACUUCCAGGGAUACCCCGACUCCCUGCUGCCUAUAACCACCACGGGAAUCCCCUCCAUACACAUCUGUCUGGAUUACAUCCCAGAAAUCCUCAGUCAACCACAGUCAGAGAAACAGAUCUUUGCCAUCAAACUGAUGUCUCACCUGUGCUGUCAGUACGCCCUACCCAGAUCUCUCAGUGUGGCCAAGCUGUGCAUCAAUGUCAUGUUUACCAUGAUCGGAGUGCUGGAGAACAAGGAGAGAGUUAAUUUUUUCCUGGAGACGGUUCCGUGUCUGACCAAAGUGUGUCAGGCAUUCCCCCCGCUGUGUGAGGACGUGACCUCGUUUCUCCAUCAGAUCGGCCGUGUGUGCAUGUCCCACCUGACAUCCGCAAGCAACCUGAGGGAGACCGAACUCUCGGAUAUAGACAAAACUUAUGUGCCAUUGAAAAAGAAAGUGAAAGUAGACACUUCAACGCAAGAGUUGACAAUGAAAUAUCAAUCUCUUUAUCGGAGUGUGCAGCAGACCUUUGCCCGUGUCAUUGUCAAAUCACUUGUAACGAAAAAUAUUUAUGCAUAAUGAGAAAGGAUCAACAUUUCACUCAGAAUAAAAUAAAUCAUCUAG